CAAACUGGGUUCUCUAAUUGUGGAGCAAGAUUAAGGUCCGCUCUUUCCGGCACAGGUUAGGGUGUAGGGUUCUGCUUCUCUAAAUACUCUCCCUCUACUCCGGCAUUUGCUGUCACACGAUGGCGCUUCUGUGAAAUCUUCGUUAUCCAAUUUAUUCGGAGCUAUCGAUGUGUUGUUCCUCGCCAAUGCAGGUACUUAUAUGCUGUGUUUGAAGAUGACUGAAGAGGCUAAUGCAAUGCUAGAUGUCUUUGAUGAACAGUCUCAGCAAAGAUCCUUUUCCCUGGAUGACAGUAGCGGCACUGAAGAAUCUCCUCAGCAUAUAUCCUUGGAAACUCCAAAUGAUGCAAUUCCUUACAUCGGCCAGAGAUUUUCUACCCAUGAUGCGGCUUAUGACUUCUACAGUCAUUUUGCCAAGGGAUGUGGCUUUUCUAUCCGUCGACAUCGAACUGAAGGGAAGGAUGGGGUUGGUAAAGGAAUUACACGACGUUAUUUUGUCUGUCAUCGUGCUGGGAAUACUCCUAUUAAGGUAUCAAGCAAAACUAAACCACAAAGAAAUCGAAAAUCUUCUCGCUGUGGAUGUCAGGCAUAUAUGCGCAUUAGCAGAUGCACUGAGAUGGGGCUCUCUGAAUGGCAUGUUACUGGGUUUGCAAUCAACCAUAACCAUGAACUUUUGGAGCCAAACCUAGUUCGGUUUCUGCCUGCCUACCGUACUAUAUCCGAUGUUGAUAAAAAUCGCAUAUUAAUGUUCUCGAAAACUGGAAUUUCUGUGCAGCAGAUGAUGAGACUCAUGGAGCUUGAAAAGUGUGUUGAACCUGGAUAUCUCCCUUUCACUGAGAAGGAUGUACGGAAUCUUAUUCAGUCAUUUAGGAGGGUGGAGCAGGAUGAUGAAAACCUUGACCUCCUAAGAAUGUGCAGAAACCAUAAGGAGAAAGAUCCCAGCUUUAGAUAUGAAUUUACAACUGAUGUGAAUGGCAGGCUGGAAAAUAUUUCUUGGUCAUAUGCUUCUGCAGUUCAGUCUUACGAGAUAUUUGGUGAUGCGGUCGUAUUUGACACCACCCACCGCCUUAAUGCUUUUGAUAUGCCACUUGGAAUUUGGGUUGGCAUGAACAAUUAUGGAAUACCUUGCUUCUUUGGCUGCGUGCUUUUGAGGGAGGAGAAUGUUCAUGCCUUCUCAUGGGCAUUAAAGGUAUUCUUAAAAUUUAUGAAUGGAAAAGCCCCACAAACACUUAUGACAGACCAAAAUAUGUGUCUUAGAGAAGCAAUUGGGAUUGAGAUGCCGACAACCAAACAUGCUUUUUGCAUGUGGCAUAUUGUGGCGAAGUUUCCAUCUUGCUUCAAUGCUGUUCUUGGAGACAGAUACAAUGAUUGGAAGAGUGAGUUCUAUAGGCUUUAUAGUUUGGAAACCUCCGAGGACUUUGAGAAUGGAUGGAGGGGGAUGAUUCACAGAUUUGGGCUUCAUACCAAUAGACAUAUCACCAACAUGUUUACAUCUAGAACACUUUGGGCUUUGUCAUUUUUAAGAAGCCAUUUCUUUGCAGGAAUGACUACCCCAGGCGUAUCAAAAGCAGUAAAUGCUCUCAUUCAGCGUUUUCUCAAUGCACAGACUCGACUACCUCAUUUCUUUGAGCAAGCUGCCGUUGCUGUAGACUUCAAAGACCAAGCAGCAGAACAGCAAACCAUGCAACAAAACCUACAGAACAUCUGUGUGAAAACUGGUGCUCCCAUGGAAGCUCAUGCUGCUGCUAUCCUGACUCCCUAUGCCUUCUGCAAGCUUCAAGAUGAGUUUGUCAUGGCCGCUCAUUAUGCCUCGUUUCAGGUAGAAGAGAGCUGCUUCCUUGUUCGGCACCAUACGAAAAUGGAUGGAGGGCGGAAGGUCUACUGGGACUCAAGGGAGGAAUUCCUUUCCUGCAGCUGCCACAUGUUUGAGUUCUCAGGAAUUCUAUGCAGGCAUGCUCUUCGAGUCCUCUCCACCAUCAACUUUUUCCAGAUUCCAGAACGUUAUCUACCUCUACGGUGGCGGAGAGUGAACUCAUUGCAAUCCAAACCAUCACUUGGUGAAGAUGAAGUUCCUGUUGAGCAAAAUGAAAGGUUUCAGGCCUUGCAGUCUAUGAUCUCAUCCCUUGUCUCUGAAGCUACCAGGUCGAAGGAGAGGCUUGAUAUAGCUUGUGAGGAGAUUUCACAGCUCUUGUACAGGAUCAGAGGUGUGCCGCCUUUUGGAAUUGGUCUAAGAAAUGGGGUUCAUAGAGCUGCCAGAUGAUGCUCGGCAAAUUAUGGGCGUGUUUAGCAUUACUAAAAUUUAGUAAAUCACUAAAUCCACUCCCUUGUUGCAUUUAACAUGAUUUGAAGGCAAAAUUCGGACUCUAAAUCCGAAAUUUUAUAAAUUCAUAGAAUUUGCGCUUUAUGUUUGGCUAGAUUUUGUAAAUCCGGCGAUAUAUCCUGUUAAUAGGCUCUACCAAACACCUCCAAGGGAACUUUGAGAUUAAUUAAAGUUUGGUGGCUGUAGUUUUGUAGUUUUUAGGCUUCUGUCUACUAAUUUAUUUAUUUUUUCUCAUGUAUAAUAUGAUUUUUCGUAUGGAAAUUAUAAAUGUAGAUUUCUCUCUUUUG